AUGAAUGGUUUACACUUGACCUGUGACACAGGCCAUCAUUCUGAAACUACCUAAUCCGAUUCUUUACGUACUCACCUUCGGCGGGGUGAGUGCAAAUUCCGAUAGGACUAGCUCUAUUCGACCGACACUUGAUAAAGGGAGGUCCAAAGGGGGGAAACCGGCCGACUCAAGGCAGUGCAGUGGCUGAUUUAUAUUUGCCAAUGAUAUUGGUUGCAUAACACCGCACACCGUUUCAACGUCGUUGAAAGUGAAACUUCGGGGGUUUUCAGCUGGAGAUAUAUAAGCAGGUGCAUGUGUGUCCCUUGCGUGCAAGACAAAAUUUCUGCCUCUCGACCGAAUGGAGACGAAGUACUCAUCUGAAGAUAUCGCAGCGGCGAUGAGUUUGCAGAUUUACGCACACGUAUACACGUCAAUGGCUACACUCUGGGUUUAUGAAUACGUUUGUUCACUUCAAGAAGAGUGGACAUUCCUGCUUCAAUCGCGGUGGACCAAGGUAAAAGGUCUUUAUAUCGCUACCCGAUUUUUGCCUUUUCUCCUUAUAAUCGUACAUCUAUAUGCGAACUUCAUUCCGAACGAGAACCCUGCUAAAUGUAAGGUCUUGAAUAGUAUUUGCUCAGUUCUCGGCCAGAUAUCAGUCGGUUUCUCCGAAUUCUUCUUCCUCCUCCGAACAUAUGCACUCUGGAGACAUAAUCGAUUCGUGCACGUUUUCAUACUGACUUUUACCCCCGUUGCCAUGAUAGCAUGUGUCGCCACUGCCUAUGCCUCUAUUGUUACCGCAUCUUAUCAGACCAGCGCAAUCCCAGGCAUCACUGGUUGUUAUAGCAACAGCAACCUCUUCGUAUCUUUUCUUCUCUUUUUUAUAUUUGAACUGGGUCUCAUGUUUCUUACGCUCUUACAUGCCAUACAGAGCUGGCGAAUGACCAACGGCCGUCUGUACACCAUCCUGAUGAAAAGUAACAUUUUCUACUAUUCAUGCAGUCUGUUAUUAUCAGCAGUAAACGUCUUUACGUCGCGAUAUCUCCAUUACCAGUACCACGUCAUGUUCCAAGACUACCAGAGUAUCAUCCUCGCGAUCCUUGCCCUGCGCAUGCACCUGCAUAUUUGGCAGAUCGACCAGCAGUCACACAACAUAGAUGCCAUCGCUUGGACUUCUCUGUUCGAUGUAUGAUCUGCGGGCAGUACAUGGAAGGGAUUAACAUAGAAUCUUCAGACGUCGGUCUUUAAUGAAUCAAUAGUGAAGUGCAUGCGUCAAAUGGAUGGAUACAAAAGAAAAUACAAGUGAUGUCGGGAUAAUCGCACAGAAGAUGUCGGUGUGUCAAAACGCAUAUGCAACUGCUCGCGGGGAGGGCAGGGUCGCUGUUGGGAGAAUAUAUUACCCCGCAUUCUACUUGAAAGCUAAGUGAAAGGCAGAUGAAGACCGUAGCAUGGGUGACAUUACUAAAGACUCACUAGCGAACCAAGCACGUGUGCUA